CUCAGUCCUCAGUCCUCAUCCUGUCCCGGCCGUUGUCUCGUGUCACACUCGUCCACAGAGUUCAUCUUGAACAUCUUCUUUCUGCUGCAGAGUCCGUCCAGAUUCCAGAUGAGUGAGCAGCCGCCUCCGUAUCGUCCUCUUUACCCUUCAGCUCUCAGCUCGCAGCCCGCCACCUUCCCAGGUUUUCCUCCGUAUCAGGUCUUCAAUCAGAACUACACAGACUCCUUCUACCCUGGAGCUCCUGCUCAGCCCAGCUACCAGAGCGGCCAUGACGGGGGCCUCGGGGGCCACGGGGGCCUCGGGGGCCACUACCCUCCAAAACACACAAUGUUGGUCAUGCAGCCUCACCAGGAUCAACCCGAUGGGCGGAGCUCUUGUCUGAAACUCUGCUCGGCUGCUCUCUGCUGUUGUUGCCUCUACGACCUGUUGACGUCCCACUUCAGAUGACCUCUGAACUCUGACCUCUGACCUCCAGCCUGGUCAGGGCUCCCAUCAUGCAGCGGGGCAACACAGUCUUUAACAACAAGCUUCAAUUAAAAGUUGCUCUAUCACUUCGAUGUCAAAUAAAACAUUAACUGUACUGUGA